CAGCGGCUGCGUCAGAAGGUGAAGGUGGGAGUGGUGGGCGGCUCCGACUUUGAAAAGAUCAAGGAGCAGCUGGGAGACGACGUGGUUGAAAAAUUUGACUACGUUUUUCCAGAAAAUGGUCUUGUAGCAUACAAAGAUGGGAAGUUCUUGAGCAAGCAGAACAUUCAGGGUCACCUGGGCGAGGAGAUACUUCAAGAUCUGAUCAACUACUGCCUGAGUUACAUUGCGAAGAUUAAACUGCCAAAGAAAAGAGGGACUUUCAUUGAGUUUCGAAAUGGGAUGUUAAACGUGUCCCCCAUUGGAAGAAGCUGCAGCCAGGAAGAACGAGUUGAGUUCUAUGAACUUGAUAAAAAGGAACAUAUAAGAGAGAAAUUUGUAGCUGAUUUACGAAGAGAAUUUGCAGGAAAAGGCCUCACGUUUUCUAUAGGAGGCCAGAUAAGCUUUGAUGUGUUCCCAGAUGGCUGGGAUAAGAGGUACUGCUUAGGAAUCGUUGCCAAUGAUGGAUACAAGACUAUUCAUUUCUUUGGAGAUAAGACUAUGCCAGGAGGGAAUGACUAUGAAAUUUUCACAGACUCCAGAACAGAAGGCCACAGCGUCACAUCCCCACAGGAUACAAGACAAAUCUGUGAAGAGCUGUUUUUUAAAUAAGAGAGUUUUCAAAUUCUCACUUACAAAACGGUUAAGAC